GAAUCUGAAGAAAAUAAGCGACUGUGGAGGUAGGAUGACAUAGAGGGGGAGAGGUGGGAGAGAAGCAAGCGGAGAAAGAAGAGACGAACGGAGGGAGGGAUCGACCCUGUUUCUGGACCUGUAUUAAGCUACUCCCCUCUUGGAUAUAUACUGCACCGCCAACAAGAAAAUGCUCAUAAAGGAAUUUCGAGUGAUUCUUCCUAUCUCUGUGGAAGAGUACCAGGUCGGCCAGCUGUACUCUGUGGCCGAGGCCAGUAAGAAUGAGACGGGUGGAGGAGAAGGAGUGGAGGUGCUAAAAAAUGAGCCCUACGAGAAAGAGGGAGAGAAGGGACAGUACACACACAAAAUUUACCAUUUGCAGAGUAAAGUGCCGUCAUUCGUCAGAAUGUUGGCUCCAGCUUCAGCUCUCAACAUCCACGAGAAAGCCUGGAACGCAUACCCAUACUGUCGCACAGUAAUCACUAACGAGUAUAUGAAAGAAAACUUCCUGAUCAAGAUCGAGACAUGGCACAAACCUGACAUGGGACACCUCGAAAAUGUACACGGUUUGGAUCCAGAAACCUGGAAGAAGGUGGAUGUAGUCUAUAUCGAUAUUGCUGACAGAACCCAAGUUGAGCCGAAGGACUACAAGCCAGAGGAGGACCCUUGCAAGUACAAGUCAGUGAAGACAGGACGGGGCCCUCUAGGACCAGACUGGAAGAAAGAACUUCAUAAGAAGACAGACUGCCCACACAUGUGUGCCUACAAACUGGUCACUGUCAAAUUCAAGUGGUGGGGCCUGCAAAAUAAAGUGGAGAACUUCAUUCAAAAGCAAGAGAAGCGUUUGUUCACUAAUUUCCACCGUCAGCUGUUCUGCUGGAUCGACAAAUGGAUUGAAUUGAACAUGGAAGACAUUCGUCGCAUGGAGGAGGAGACACGUAGGGAGCUAGAUGAGAUGAGAGUGAAGGACCCAGUUAAAGGGAUGGUGGCUCUAGAGGACUGAGGUUGUGUUGGACCGUGAAUGCUGCUGCUCAUCAGACCAGACUACCCAGACACCAGCGGAUUCACAUCCUCCUCCUACUCCAACCGACUCAACACUUGACCGGCCGGUCCAAACACCCUCCCCCCUGCCCCUCUCCCCUGGUACAAUCUGGUUUUCAGGGACCUGGACCCAGUAAACUCCCAGUUUUAAGCUGAUCUCCUCCACCACAUCCCGCCUCCCUUGAGUCCCAUCCAUCUCUUAUUUGUUUCUCCAUCCAGUGUCCCCAUCUCAUUAACUGCUCUGAGGCCUCCAGUAGCAACACUAUAGAUCUUGUCAGUCAGUCCUCUCUCUCAGUCUCUAAACCGUUCUAAACUACAGAGAAUAGUGUCUCUGCAAUUUAGGAUUUAUUUCUAUUUAAGAUAUCCCAAUGGUGUAUAUACAGUAUACCGUAUAUCGGGGAGCUGAAUAAUUGUAUUGAAAUAUAUAUAUAUAUAAAUAUAAAUAUAUAUAAAUAUAUAUAAACAGGGUUUUUAAAAAGGAUUUUGUCUGUAAGUUUGUCUGUGGAUGUUUAUUUUUUCCAGACCAAGCUGUAUCUGCUCAGUGUUGAGUUUUGAUCCUGUGAUUGUUUCUUUUAUUUGUCAUAAUACCUCCUCUUCUCCAUUUGUGUCAUGCUUUCUGCAGUGUUUCCUUUUGUUGUUCAAAAUCAAUCUGCGAAUCUACAAACCGCAGCUGCGAGGUUGGGAUUGUGCUGAGAGUGUUACGUUGUUUCUGCUGUACUCCAAUAUACCUAGGAUUUCUUUCCAGAAUCUCCCUUAAUAUGUUGAGGCAUACAUUGGCUUUUCUGCUGCUUUGUGAGUGUGUGUGUGUGUGUGUGUGUGUGUGUGUGUGUGUGUGUGUGUGUGUUUCCGUAGCGUGGUAAGGUCUCAAGGUUUCCAGCAAUGUUUUUCAUUUUUCUCUCUCCUGAUGAUUUUUAACUCUUCAGUUUUAUCAGGCUGUUCAAACAGGCCGCUUGAAAGUGCAGUAAUUGAAACAUACAGUAAUGCAUACGCACACAUACAGACACAGAUAAGGAUAGAUGUAAGACGUAUCACUCUGCAAAGGGGAAUGCACACAAGAUCAGCCAUAAAUGAGUCUUUCUUUCUACAGACCUAACAUCCUUUUGGCUGCAAUCUUGUUACCAUGUCAGUGUUUUUAACAUUAGCAGCCAUCAUGGAUACACAGCUCCUCCCGCUCGCUGUCGAUAGAUAAAUAGGUCUUUGAAAGUAAAACUUCAUGUGAUCUGCAUCAGUUCUUGCCCUGUCACCCAUUCUGUCACCUCCAGUGGAUAAAUGGUCUUAUCCAGCGAUAGCAAUAACUACCAUGACACGUUGGUCUCUCCUUUUUAUCAUCGCAAAUCUAAUCUGUUUGUUCCUAUAUCCUGAAAACAGUUUUAGCAAAGCAGAGCCCGAGCUGAAAGUCAAGGAUUGUUCCGUUGUUGAUUAUUUAUUUAUUAAAUGCUGGUUUUAUUGUGUUUGUCUUUGGAUGAGGCGGAUUUCUCUCCUGCUGGAUUCUGAAGCCUGUCAUGUGUAAUAGUGUGGUUUUCUCGGUAUAUGCAUGAGUGUACAUGAGUGAUGUACAGUAGCGUGUCUUUGAAGAGAUCUGAUGUUGGCUGGAUAAAGACGGGAGGAAGUAAUGGAGCUAGAGGAGCGAUAACAGCAAGCACUUACCUUCUUCCUCUUGUUGACGUCUGUUUGGCCUCCUUUGUCCUCAGUUACUUGGAUUAUCCUCGUUUCCAUCUUCUGUUUACUUUCCCUCCUCAUCCGAUAACAGUGUCGACACUUUAAAGAGCAAGCAACAGAUAAUGUCAGAAGACCAAAAUCACAAUGAUGAUUUAGGUCGCUUGAAAUUACAGUAAUAGGCUACAUUUGGAUCAUAAAAAAGAGUGUCACGGCCAAAAAACUGCCAUCAGGACAAGUAGAUAAUUAUAAUUUUCCUUCCUGUCAAGGCACUUAAAGUACAAGGGUUUGAUCAGUUUUAGGUACAUACAUUUUCUGCAUUUAAGAUGCUAUAAGCAAACCUUUUGCACGAUUGAGUUCAUAGUAAUUAACGUUAAACUGGAUGGUUUUCAAAUCUCAAAUUGGGCAAUCAAUAAACUGAAGAGGAUUUAUUUAUGUUGUGUACACAGUUUAUAUAAUUACAAAAGCAUAAUCAUUCACACACAGAAUUAGAUUAAAUGUUUAACAGUUUGAAUAUCACUUCCGCUAAAGGACUUUUUAUUUUGUUUUUAGAUUUUAUUUUGUUAUCUUAACACAUUUUAUUGAUGUAUCUGGUGUGUAGCAACUCUAGCUACAAAGACAGCUAAACUUUUGAGUUAAGGCAGUAGUCAAAGGUGCAGUGUGUAAGAUACGGCCAGAAUUCUUGUUAUAAAACAUUCAAAAGUUGAACUAACAUCAUCAACAGAAUGUAAAGAAGUAGGAGUUCUGACUUUUUGUCAAGGACAUCUAUGUGUUGUAUUGCAGAGAUAUCUACUGAAAUGAGCAUGCUAACCAGUUUGCACCUCGAGAGCCGACAGUGAGUCACUGCAGAGUCCAGUCUGUCAUCAGUCCAACAUGAGAGGACAAAGAGAUCAAGUUCGUUAUUAGUUUUUGUUGUUUUACCUGUGAUCUCUCCUGAUCUCUCCGUCAAUUUCAUCUUCCAUGAUGGGCAGACAGACAGACAAACAAACCAAGGUCUGCAACACUGGUGUGGUUAGGUCGGCUGAUUCAGGCAGUAUACAGCCAAGCUAAGAUAGCUAGGCUAAACUAGCUUGCAGGCUUAUUGUCAGGCACCCAGAAAUGCUGCUCAACCUUGCAGUCAACAUUUUCCAGUGGCAGCUCGCGGUAUUACGGCAGAAAAAUCCCCUGCGGCCCAAAAAACUUUUACCUCGUAGGCUGCCAUUAUGAAAAGGAUGUCUGUAAUACUGUUGACAGGACACCACGAACUGCAAACAAGGUUGAUCAUGACUCUUUCUAUUAUGUUAUUUUAUUCAUGGAGGUUUUAUAUUUUUAAAAUGUUCUCGAGGCCAAGAAAAGUGAUUUAAAAAUCUGUGACAUUGCUGCAUACCAUUACCCUGGAAAUCCAGAGUUCUCGCGAGAGCACAAUUUGAAUUUGCUCAGCGAGUCACUCUGGCAAUCAGUAAUGAUGCUCAUUACCCAUGCCCAUGAAACCGAGUUGCACCAGUCACAUCGGUGUAUCUGAUAUAGGCGGGCCAGAGGCGAGCUAAACAGAUGACGACAGCGCUGCGACGACGAAGUCCGGAAUCAGUCAGUAAACAUUGCAAGAUGGCUACGGAUGAACACCAGUUGUUUGAAAAGGCUUUGGCCGCUACAAUGAACGAGUUAGACUUGGCUUUUUCUCUAAAAGAGGAACAGAAGACAGCGCUCGAAUCUUUCCUUUGCAAGAAGGACGUUUUUGCUGUUUUGCCAACCGGAUACGGCAAGAGUCUAAUCUACCAGUUAGCUCCGCUGGUAGCUAAGCGUAUAUGUCACCCCGUGUAUUGUUCUGAUUGGUCCCAGUGUUAUCCAAUUGCGUGCAGUGAUAUUUUAAAAUGCAUGCUUGGUGCCGCUCCUCGAGUUGGGCCAUUUUCAUUACUCAUGGCCAGACCCUAAAUCUUUCUAGAUUUGGGUCUGGAUUUCCAGGCUAGCAUACCAUGGAAGUAAACCCAGAAGCUUAAAACGUUUUUUUUUUUUGUGGCGUAUGUGCCCGUUGAACAACUGGAAUUGGAAUGAAUAGAUGCCAUCUUGGCAUCUGGUAUCUAGGUAUUGCUACAAGUCUGUGCUAACCAUUUGUUGUUUGUUUGAAUCCAAAGUCCACAAUCUGAUGUUUUUGGGCAAAGAAAGUCAUAAAGCCGAGAGAUACAUGAAACACAGACAGUGCAACUAAUGACACACACAAACUGAACUGAAAACAUUCCAAAUGGCGUCAAUUUAUGGUUUUAAUUGUGACUAAGAUCUUGCUAAAACUGCCACAUGUGGAGAUUAAAAGACUGCAGUGUUAUUUUCACUGGUUCUCAGAGUUUCAGCAGUUUGGUCAAAUUAUCCAUAGUCUUGCCCUGCUGUUUGUUAUUAGUUGUCUUGGAGGUGAAAUGCUGCCCCCAUUAGUUUGGAGCAUGUGGCCAAGCAUUACACACCUGCACCUUUAAAUAAAUAGCCGUUAUAUUGAUAUAUACUUGUUAAAGUUGCUCAUAGAACUGGGGUGAAUUUUGUUUUGAGAGCAGCACUGACACAAGUCUUCCAGGGCUAUUUGAGUGAUGAUGAAACUAAUUCCUAAAAGUCUUUCAGGUGAUUUCUAGCAGGAACAUAAACUAUGUUCAUCAGUUCAGUUUGUUCAGACCUUUGUGUUUCUGUUACACACAGAAAUGGAGAAUUUAAAUUACUUUAUGCAUCAUUUUACAGGAUAAUAUUGAAGUAACGUCAUUGUACGAUCAUUAUACAUUUAUGCGAUCUGUCUUAAGCCCAAGCACAUUAGCCAAUAAAUCCAAAUUUCUUUUAUUGGCCAUAAGGAAACUAAAGGCGUAAAAAGGGCCAUUAAAACCUGCUCAGGGCAUUAUUGGCAACCAUUCAAGCAUAAUAGUUUAGGAUUGCCUCAUCUUCAUGUCCCUGUAUAUCUAUAUGUCAGGUUAAUUUUAUAAGACAUUUUCUGUUGCCUCCUAUUUAAAGAAAGCGCUGGUCCUGGAUGUCCAACCCUUCCACCUCUCUCCACCUCUCUCUGUGUCCAUCGAGCAUCUCACUCACUGUCUGUGGUGGGGCUACCAACUGAAUCAUGGAGAUUUGUGGAUGUACUGUAUGUAUUGACCUUGUAAAUAAUAAAUAAAUUAAUGUAGAUGAACACAUAUAUAUAGAUCAGACUGUCCUGCCAGGCCUACAACACACCUUCCUGACACCCAGUCCUCUUAUUCCAUCGCUAAAUAUUCAGCAUCACACAGACCACAGUGACCAAGUUGCUCUCACAGAGGUAUUAUCGUGAAGAAAUGUAGAGUUAUAGUUGCUGAACUUUAGUGCUGAUAAGACAUUUUGAGGAACACUGUCAGCUGUAGACAUAAAAAAAAAAUGCAUUCUCACAUAAUGUUAUAGAUGAUGUUGCAGCAGAUUUUAGGAUGCUCCAGCAAAGCAGUGAAGAUUUGCCGUGUGAUUUGUAGUUGGAGGGAAAAAAAAAAAGAAGCAAAAACCCUGUUCACUAUUUCCUCUCCUUCUCACGGUCUUCCCUCACAGGGACCACGUCUAAUUGGCAGGACAGUGUAUAGAUAUAUAUUUUUGUUCUGAGUGUUGUUGUACCUCUGUUGUCAGUCUCUAAACUACACUCGCUUCUCUCACUGAAAAGGAACAUAUAAACGGCAGCUUGGGUCAGUUCAUUGAUCCACAUAAUUAGCUGAUGGUGUCAGCCCUACAGUAAGUGGAGCCUCGGUGCAAGUAAGAUUUUCCCCCUUUCAUGGUUUGCGAUGGGGAAUCGAGGGGAAAUUAUCCUGCAUUUAGGUGCACUGGGUGCUGGAGGGUUGGAGUUAUAGCUUCACAGAAAAAAAAGACAAUUCGAUGUGGUUGUUUGAAAGCAGAAACUGAGCCUGAAGACACCAUACAAACCUGUGAGAGAACAUGGUUUAACAGAGACAAUCUCAUAGAUAUCUGUUGUUAGAUUCCUCGAUUUAUAAUCAGAAUAUGAAACCAAAUGAUUCCACAAUCCCAAACUGUUUUUAAAACUCUCUUCUCUCUCUUUCUCUCUCUGACUCUCUCUCUAUCUCUCACUCCUGUUAACUUGUCUCCUGUUUUUCUUUCUUUUAUUGUGAAUUUGUGCCUUUUUGUCAUCUUAUCUUCCAAUAACACUACUGUACAUUGGAGACGUAAAGAAAUGAAUAAAAAGAAGCAAAGCAACUGUA